GUCCUAUGUUUUCCCUCGGAAUCCUGGAGGAUUUGCUAAACUCCGUGCCGAAAGUGCUAAUAUAAGGACGGAGACUGAGCGUGCGACUCAUUUUGCUUACAAUAGCAAUACUGUAGUUCUUCCUGUUUUUGUGUUUGGGAGAUGCCGGAACGAGGCUUCAAUCAAGUUCCAGACUCGGUAAAAAAAAAUAAAUGCAUACACUUCCAGAUAGAGAAUCUGCAUUGGAUUGAGUGAGUCAAUGUUCUGGGUGUCACUCCGUCGUACCAUCAGAUAAAAUUGAUUUCGAAUACAUCAUUACAAAAAAUAUUGACCAGCAUAGGUUAGAACAACACAGUAAGUGCAAAACAUUCUUCUCUAAUGGAGGAAGAUGCUACUUCUCUUCUAAUUCCUGUGGGAGGUGAUGAAAAUGAUCUUGGAGUCCUUAAUAUUCAGUUUAAUCCAGAAGAUCUGAAAAGCAAAAGACCAUUCCAUGUAGAACCAACAAACAUUGUUAGGGUGAAUGAUGAUACACAGAGAGUAACAGAUGAAGCUUCAGCAAUGAACAAGCGGAUUCACUACUACAACAGGCUCACUUCGCCUUCUGACAGAGCACUGGUGGCCCCUGAUCAUGUUCUUCCUGCUCCAGAAGAAAUCUAUGUGUAUAGUCCUUUGGGAACCGCUUGCAAAAUUGAUGGCUCUACUGAUGGCUCUGGCAAAAAUUCCAGUAUAGUAACAAUAUUCAUGAUCUGGAAUACAAUGAUGGGUACAUCUAUAUUAAGUAUUCCCUGGGGAAUAAAACAGGCUGGAUUUACUACUGGAAUCUGUAUUAUUCCGCUGAUGGGCAUAUUGACUCUUUAUUGUUGCUACAGAGUUUUGAAAUCUAGGUCAAUGAUACCUUCAGUAGAUACCUCAACUUGGGAAUUCCCAGAUGUUUGUAAAUAUUACUUUGGAUCUUUCGGUCAGUGGUCUAGCCUUUUAUUUUCAUUGGUGUCACUUAUUGGAGCCAUGGUGGUUUACUGGGUGCUAAUGACUAAUUUCCUUUUCAACACUGGAAAGUGUAUUUAUAAUUAUAUUCAUGAUAUUAACGUAACAGACAUUGUUCCUGGUACAAAUGGAAGCAAUAGAGUAAUAUGUCCUAGUGAUGGUAGCCAUGAAGUACCAGGAAAUGAAACUUUUGAAUUUACUUCUACAAGUGCUGCUGAAUUUGAAGAAUUUGAAAAGUGGUGGGACAAAUCCAAAACCGUUCCAUUUUAUUUAACCAUCAUUCUUCUACUGUUGAAUUUUAAGUCUCCAUCUUUUUUUGCCAAGUUUAACAUAUUAGGUACUGUCUCUGUCAUUUAUUUAGUUAUUCUUGUUACUAUGAAAGCUGCUCUUCUAGGAUUCCAUUUAGAAUUUGAUUGGACUGCAACAAAUACAUAUUUUGUGCCAGAGUUCAGGAUCUUUUUUCCUCAGCUUACAGGUGUGCUGACCCUGGCUUUCUUUAUCCAUAAUUGUGUAAUUACGCUACUUAAGAAUAACAGGAACCAAGAAAAUAACGUCAGAGAUCUUUCAAUUGCCUACUUUUUAGUUGGUUUAACGUAUCUCUAUGUUGGGGUGCUAAUCUUUGGCUCUUUUCCAUCUCCACCAUUGAGCAAGGAGUGUAUAGAACAGAAUUUUUUAGAUAAUUUCCCCAGUAAUGACAUCAUGUCAUUUCUUGCAAGAAUAUUCCUGCUGUUCCAGAUGGUGACUGUGUACCCACUGCUUGGCUAUUUGGCACGAGUUCAGUUUUUAGGACAUGUCUUUGGAAAUGUUUAUCCAAGUUUUUUCCAUGUGCUGGUUUCGAACAUUAUCAUUGUAGGAACUGGAGUUGCGGUGGCCAGAUUCUAUCCAAAUAUAGGGGGAAUCAUAAGAUAUUCUGGAGCAACCUGUGGCCUCGCCUUUGUAUUUGUAUAUCCAUCCAUCAUCUAUAUUAUCUCCUUGCAUCGGGAGAAUCAAUUGACAUGGUUUGCACUACUCAGCCAUUUUUUGAUAAUUCUUCUAGGAAUGGCAAAUCUGAUGGCACAAUUUUUAAUUUGAAAAUCGAUCUUAAGUCAGAAUUCUUUCUUUGCAAGAGGUGCAGGAGUACCAAAAAGUUACCUUGAACAGUAUUAUAAAAAUUGUAUCCUGCAGUAUUAUAGAAGUUAUACAGCAGUAGAUCUGUAGACUGCCAUCUUUCAAUCUUAGCUUGUUCCAGAGAAAACAGCCUUUUAAAAAACCAACAAGCAAACUUUUAAAAAAUGGAGGCUGUAUCUUGGAACAUGAAGCACCAAAGCAAUUGAAAGGAACUGAGUGAAUUUAUGCUCAACUUCAAGUAGAAAUGGAAAUUAUUUGGGAAUUAUUAAGUUCUUUUUAUAAAUUAAAAUUUCUUUUUUCUAUGUGGAAAAAAAUUGCCUUAUUUGGCAAAUAAACAGGGAUUUUAUUGACCUAGAAAACUAUAUAUUUCUACUAAGAAAAGUGUUUUGAAUUCUUUUACUGUUAAAAUGCAGUGCAUGUUAAAUCAUGAAAUACUGUUAAUAUUAAACUAUAUCUUUUGUGAUAUCCCUUACUGUCUACAGUAUCUGGACUGAAAGGAAGUCUUUCUUAUUUGUCUUGGCACAAAGAGAAAUAAUUUUUUGUUUACUUUCUUUGGACUUGGAAUGGAAGGUCUAGAAUUAAUAUGAAAUAUAUCUAUUUUGCACAACAGUUUAAAAUAUCCCAUUUUAACUCUUAAAAGUCAUGAAUAAUUGUACAGUGAGCUCAAAAUGUUGACUUACAUUACUGUACUAACCCUUUCCUCAAAGUGCAAAGUGCGGUUAUAAAACCUUUUAUAUA